AAUGUUUACAUUGACGCUCUGACCCGUUACGUGCCUCAGUAAAAUUCAGACCGCUACGUUCGAACAUUGGACAGCAAAUUAAAGUUAAUUUCAGAAUGAAACGAAAGAGAAGAGAGCGCAAUGUCCACUUGGACGAACUAAAAUUCAUCUCUAGUGUCUGGAAUAUGAUUUUCAUACCGAAAUGGUGGAUUUCAGUGGCUUUUUUGGCAGGUCUCCUCCCGGAGCAGUGUUGUGGAGUUCAUGUGUUAGUAAGAGAUGAGAAGAAGUACGCCAUGCUGUUUCAGUCGGUGGUGUUGCCCUGCAAUUUCAACAGCGUGUCCACCCAAACACCCAUAGUGCAGUGGGUCUACAAGUCGUAUUGCCGGGACCGCACCCGGGAUUCUUUUGGCUUCUCCGAAAGCCUGAGCGCUGGCUUGGGAGGAGCGGGGUUGUUGGGAGGAGGAGGUCACGAGAAUGGGAAGAAAGCGAGUUACCUGGACUGCUCUGACAGCAGUCGUACGGUGCGCACAGUGGCCUCCGUUUCGGGAUCUUCCAUCACGCUGUCUGAGUACUACAAGAACAGAGAUGUUUCCAUCAUCAACAAGGCAGACCUGCGCAUCGCAGAGGUCCAGUGGGGGGAUAGUGGAGUGUACACAUGCAAAGUGAUAAUAGCUGAUGAUGUGGUGGGACAGAAUGAAGCCUCAGUGGAGCUCCUGGUGCUGGGAUUCUCAGGGCUGCCUGAAGAUCUGCUUCCUGGUUUUGAAUUGAAGAUUAUGCCAGAGUGGGUGUUUGUGGCAGCCGUAGCACUGGGCAGCAUCUUAUUCCUCCUUUUGGUCGGCGUGUGUUGGUGUCAGUGUUGUCCGCAUUCCUGUUGCUGCUACGUGAGCUGCUGCUGCUGCCCGGACACAUGCUGCUGCCCAAAACAUCUGUAUGACGCUGGUAAGGGGAUUAAGACUGGGACGUCCACCCUUCAGACUCCUGCGUACCCACCUUACUUUGUUGCUGGUGUCCCGGCAAUGGUGCCCAUUGCGCCCCCUUCCCUGGUGGAAAAGAUGUCAUCUCUCCCCACGUCGGACGGUAGUCUGCUCACAGGAGUUCCAAUGCAUGCUGUAGGAGCCCCCUACUGCUUGCCCCCACCUCAGGACAAGGAUUCUCUCAGGGUUCUGCAGUAUGUAGAAAACCAACUGGCUCACUUCAAUCCUGCCAGAUCCAACAGCCACCAGUCCUGUGCCAUGUCCGAGCUGAGUUCUCUCCACGAGGGCGAACCCGCUUUUCGCCAAACAUUUCGUAAUGUCCAGAAAAAAGCACUUCCUCCCAUCCCGGAUGACCACCCCCAACCCGAACCGCGCAGAUACCGGGAAAACCUCAGCCCAGAGCCGCAGCGGUUCCGUGACAAUGGUCCUUCAUCGCCCCAGCGGUAUCGUGAGGACGCUGAUUCAGAACCGCGUCGCUGUGUGGAAGAACCUCAUAAACCACGUCGCUACAGUGAUGACGCUCCUCCGUCUUCUCAGUCUCGUGGGCACGUUCGUGAUGCUCGGCAGCUGAACCACACUGAGGAGAACCGUCCCAGAUGGAACCCGCUAUCAGAGCAUCUGGAAAGAAAAACCUACCACUCAGCAGGACGGACCGGCUCGCUGGAUGAGCUGGAAGAGUUUGCUGCAACCUACAGGCAAAGAGGACGCAGACAUGUGGAAAAAAGGGACAACGGCGACGAUGAGACGAACUUCCAGGUGUUCGGCCGGUCUUCGUACCGGCGCGCUCCGCCACAGCACCUCUACGAUGAUCGCAAUGAUCUCGGAGACUGCAGCGACCACGAAGAACGAUCCAGAAGAAAAAAAAAUGACCAUGACAUAAGCCCGCUCCCAUCACCCAAAAAGAGGCGAGGCACCUGGGGCAACGAGCAUUCUACUUCACCCCCUCCCACAGCGAGCCCGCCCUCGACUUCUUCUCAAGAGAAAGACUAUGACAGCACAUUCCUCAACAGCCUGUUAGAACGUAAAGCAAAGUUACGAGGUGUCAAAAGUGGCGCCCGGGGAGAGGACGAUUCGGACACACCCUCAAAGGGAAGCUCAAAGAAGAGCAGUGGGCAGUCUAGCCGGCGCUCUUGCAAAUCGCCUAGCAACAGGCCCGAAGCUGAUUCACUGGGCCUGCACUCGGAUACGGAGCUAAGCAGGAAUGAGAGGCCUUCCCCACGGCCGAUACCGACACACGCUCGCCCGCCUCUACCACCUGGUCCUUCGCCGCUCAGUCGAAGAGGGGAGACCAGAGAAAAGGCUCGGAAAGUGCAGGGGACACUUCUAAGCCGCGAUUCUCUCGUCGUGUGAUUGGCUGAAAAAGCCCAAGAGCUUCGAAGAGGUCUGACUGUACAGCGGAGUGACUCAAUGGGAGCUACAAUAUGUGAGAACUGAUAAAAGCCUCACUGUAACUGGUACACUCAAAUAGAGACGUGGAUGACACGCAACUGCUGAUGUCAUGGCUGCUUCGUUGGUGUCACGUAUGUCUGGACUAAUGCAGGCUUGGGGUGUGACUUGUGACCUGGAACAGCUCUCAUGGCAGGGUUCACCUCACUUCCGUUUAAAGGGGGGAUGGAAAUCAGUGAAAGUAGCUUAAUGGCUCAGGCACAAUGAGUGCAUUCAUUUUUGUUUGAUGAUGCCAUACCGGCAAAACACUUUUUUCUAUCGCACAGAACCAAUUUAAGCCCCCCCAUGUCGGCAUACAAUGGAAUUUCUUAAAUUUCUACAUAAAUUGGUCAAUGAAUUUGACCUGGUUUCCAUAAAAAUCACAAUAAACUAUAUACUUAAAGGAAUACUAAACAACAAAUGUUGAUAUUUUUAUAUUGAAAAUAAUAGUGUUGCACCAAUAAUGAUACUAGUAUUGGACCGGGCUCCGAGAUGGCAUUAAAUUGAAUGGAUUGGUAUAGGCUGGUACUAAGAAAUAAUGUGCCAAUACCGCUCAAUAUGUAUUCUUACAGUGCCUUGCAAAAGUAUUCGGCCCCCUUGAACCUUGCAACCUUUCGCCACAUUUCA